UUGAGGAGGGCGGGAGGUGGGCGGGACGUCCGGCGCUGGCCCCGCCUCCUCGCCCUGCCCACUCCCGGGCGUCUAAACACAGGUGGGAGCAGGAGAUCCCGACAGGUGAGCCCCGCACCCGGCAGUCGCAAGGAUGGAGUUCGUCAAGUGUUUAGGCCACCCGGAGGAGUUCUACAACCUGCUGCGAUUCCGCAUGGGAGGUCGGCGGAAUUUUAUACCCAAGAUGGACCAGGACUCACUCAGCAGCAGCUUGAAGACCUGCUACAAGUAUCUCAAUCAGACCAGUCGCAGCUUUGCCGCGGUUAUCCAGGCGCUGGAUGGGGACAUACGGCACGCCGUGUGUGUGUUUUACCUGGUUCUCCGAGCCCUGGAUACAGUGGAGGAUGACAUGAGCAUCAGUGUGGAGAAGAAGAUCCCACUGCUGUGUAACUUCCACACUUUCCUCUAUGACCCUGAGUGGCGGUUCACUGAGAGCAAGGAGAAGGACCGACAAGUGCUGGAGGACUUCCCCACGAUCUCCCUGGAGUUUAGAAAUUUGGCUGAGAAAUACCAAACAGUGAUCGAUGACAUCUGCCACAGGAUGGGGUGUGGGAUGGCAGAAUUUGUAGACAAGGAUGUGACCUCCAAACAGGACUGGGACAAGUACUGCCACUACGUUGCUGGGCUGGUGGGAAUUGGCCUUUCUCGUCUAUUCUCUGCCUCAGAGUUUGAAGACCCCAUUGUUGGUGAAGACAUAGAAUGUGCCAACUCAAUGGGUCUGUUCCUGCAGAAAACAAAUAUCAUUCGUGAUUAUCUGGAAGACCAACAGGAAGGAAGGAAGUUUUGGCCUCGGGAGGUGUGGGGCAGAUACAUUAAGAAGCUGGAAGACUUUGCUAAGCCAGAGAACGUAGAUGUGGCCGUGCAGUGCUUGAAUGAACUCAUAACCAACGCCCUACAGCACAUCCCCGACGUCCUCACCUACCUGUCACGGCUCCGGAACCAGAGUGUGUUUAACUUCUGUGCUAUUCCACAGGUAAUGGCCAUUGCCACACUGGCUGCCUGUUACAAUAACCAGCAGGUAUUCAAAGGAGUAGUGAAGAUUCGGAAGGGGCAAGCAGUCACCCUCAUGAUGGAUGCCACCAACAUGCCUGCCGUCAAAGCUAUCAUAUACCAGUACAUAGAAGAGAUUUAUCACCGGAUCCCCAACUCAGACCCAUCAUCAAGCAAAACCAAGCAGGUCAUCUCCAACAUCAGGACACAGAACCUUCCCAACUGCCAGCUCAUCUCCCGAAGCCACUACUCCCCCAUUUACCUGUCAUUUAUCAUGCUCUUGGCUGCCCUGAGCUGGCAGUACCUGAGCACCCUGUCCCAGGUCACAGAAGACUAUGUCCAGAGAGAACACUGAUUUUGUUUAGCCGGAAGUGGAAGUUCCCGUGGAGUGGGUUUUUCCUUUUCCUCCAGCUGGAUUUUGACUUCCCGUGUUUUUUCCUCCUACUCUAUAACCUUUUGGAGAACUGAGUGUGGGACCUUUAGGAACUGCGCAGAGGAAAGGACGCCUUGCCCUCAGCAGCCUGGUGCUCGCUGGGAUGUGGUUCCUCUGCCUCUUGUAGCCACUGGCAGCAGCGUGCUGACUGCUGCACUUUAGAUGGCGAGGCCACAUGUGAUGGUCACAAGAGCCUAGUGAACCUGGCUAGAAUGCUGAUUGGAUUUAUUUAAUUUGAAACAGCCUUUGAAUACCUAUGACAAUAGAAAAUGAAGCGACUGGUCCUUGUCUUUCUCAUGA